AUGGCACAGAAGUUGCCCUCCGCGGUGCUGCAACGCUUCAACGAGUGUCUCAUCACUGGCGACCCCACGCCGGAGGAGGACCAGAAGGUCAUUGCAGAUGCGAUUUUCACGUGGGCUCGCGAGCUGGGAGCCAUUGACUUUGCCCACUGGUUCUUCCCCCUGCGCGGUGGCUGUGGUGCCGUCGGUGGCAUGUUGGGCGCCUUCAAGCGCGACACCUUGAUCGAGCCUGGGCAGCGGCGGAGAGGCUCCUUCCCCAACGGCGGACUGCGGGUCACUCACUCGGCCGCAGCCUUCACCACCUGGGAUCGCGCCUCGCCACCCUUUGUCACGGACAAGUGCCUCUACAUCCCCUGUGCGUUCGUGACGCACUUUGGGAAGUGCAUCGACGAGAAGACGCCCCUCUUGCGCUCCAUGGAUGCGGUGAAGACGUCGGGUCUUCGACUCUUGAAGGCGAUCAACAUCGGUACUGAUGCGAAGACCAUGCACAGCUAUUUGGGCUGGGAACAGGAGUUCUUCGUGCUCUCCGCUGCGCUCUACAAGGCCCGGCCUGACCUGGUGAACACCGGCCGCACCUUGUUUGGAAAGUUGCCAACUCGUCAUCAACAAGGAGACCUCAACUACUUCCAGCCAAUCCCAGGGAAGGUGCAAGAGCUCUUGGACAUCGUCCAGGCGGAGAUGCUCAAGGUGGGUUGCCCAAUGGCUGUGAAGCACAACGAGGUGGCUCCAGGACAGCACGAGAUGUCCCCCGUCUUCCGCACGGCCAAUGUCUCCUGCGACAGCAACGUGCUUUUCAUGGAGGUGAUGAACCGGGAGGCCGCCAAGCUGGGACUCCAGGUGCUCUUCCAUGAGAAGCCAUUCGCCGGCAUCAAUGGCAGCGGAAAGCAUGCCAACUGGUCGGUUGGCACUGACACAGGAUUGAACUUCUUCUAUCCUGGCAAGAACGAGGCGGGUGCCAAGCUCUAUGUCACGGCCAUUGCCUGCUUGGCUUAUGGCCUGGCACAGUACAACGAGAUGGUGCGCUGCACCGUGGCGCACUCCGGCAACGACCACCGGCUCGGCGCACAGGAGGCUCCCCCUGCCAUCAUCAGUUUGUACCCUGGGCAGGGCUUCGAGCAGUUCGUGGAGAGCAUCGUGAAGGGCGGGGAUUUGCUGGGCUACAAGGCCGAGAAGAAGAAGCAAGAGACUGGAUGCAGCGCUGCCAUGCACAUCGAGGCGAACGUGGAAGACCGCAACCGCACUGCGCCCUUCCCCUUCUGCGGCAACCGCUUCGAGUUCCGAGCUGUGGGCUCCUCUCAGAACUGCUGCCUGCCCGUCAUGGUCUGCAAUGCGGUGAUGUCUGCGGGCAUGGCCCAUCUGGCUGGGCUCGUCGAGGGUGGCAUGAGCCACCGUGACGCCGUGGCCAAAGUCUUCCAGGAGAACAAGCAUGUGAUCUUUACGGGGAACGGCUACUCCGCCGAGUGGCCCGUGGAGGCCCAAAAGCGUGGCCUGCCCAACCUGAACACCACCCCGAAAGCAGUGGCCACCUGGAAUUCUGAGAAGAACAAGAAGCUCUUCGAGACUCUGAAGAUCUACACAGCGGAGGAGACCGAAGCACGUCAGGAGGUGAUGUAUGAGAACUACAUUUCAGCUCUCUGCUGCGAGGUGGAGACCAUGAUUCAAAUGACGGAGACGGGCUUUUUGCCUGCAUGCGCCAAGGAGAUACGCGCCGCUUUGCUCGAUGGCUUGCUGUCACACAGCCAGGAUCUGGAGAAGUACAAGGGAGUGGAAAAGCUGGCGAUCUAUGACAGCAUCAUCGACCAGCUGGAGAAGCUUAAGGCGGCCUUCGAGAAGAAGCCGCAUAGCUCCUUGUCGGAAGAGGCCACCUAUCUCUGUGACAGCAUCAAACCACAAAUGGCGGCCUUGAGGGCUGCUGUGGACAAGGCGGAGGGCGCCUCUUGGCGGACGUUGUUGGCUGGACCAGGGGGGUAG